GCGUGAUAGCGCGAGGAGGGCGGAAGGUAGCGCAGCGCGCCUGCGCGGGGGGAUUCCGCCAGGCCCGCCGGACUCCAACAUGGCGCCCUAGGUCCGCCGCGCUGUCGCUACCGCGGGCGAGGGAAGGAGCGGGGCGGCCGCCACCGCCGCCAUCAUGUCCCGGCACAGGAACGUCCGAGGCUAUAACUACGACGAAGAUUUUGAAGAUGAUGAUGUGUAUGGCCAAUCAGUAGAAGAUGAUUAUUGCAUUUCUCCUUCAACAGCAGCUCAGUUUAUCUACUCCAGACGAGACAAACCAGCAACAUGUGCUGAGCCAUUAGAAGAAGAAUAUGGCUAUGAAGGUACAGAUGAUACUGCUGAAUAUUUUACAUCCAAUCAUCAGUUGACUGAAGUUGAUAGAGCCCGUCUUAAUUCAUGCCUUGAUCAAAUGAGAGAAGUUUUGGCAGAGUCUGUACCAGAGCAAACAAUGGUGCAAGCAGUACUGGAUAGUAAAUUUGAUGUACAGAAGGCUUUGGAUCUUGUGCUUUCACAAGGCAGUAAGCAAAAUGUGAAGACCAGGAAUGAGGAUGCUGUGAUUGUAGGAAAGACGACAAAAGGAGACUUACUUUGUUGUCCAGAAAUGUGUAUUGAUACAGACAGUAGCUCUUGUGCAGUAGAAAAUGUUGCUGACAACACCAACAAAGCUGGGUUUGGAAACUUGACAGCUAAAAGUGGUUCAGCUUGUUACUCUUUAAUUACAAAUGACAAAAUGCUCCUUAAUGCUGAAAAAUCCAAUAGACCUACAUCUGAAAGGAAAGGAUUGAAAUCCUCUUCGCUUGUUCUGUCAUCUUCUUUCAGUGAUGAUUUGGGUAAAGGAUCGUUUUGUGAACCUGUCAAUAAACAGGCAGAGAAUCAACUACCAGAAGGUUCUAAUGCAGUAAGUUCAAUUCCUGGCAGUGAAGAUGCUUACUUUAGCAUAGGAAGUAACCCAUCUGGAAAUUCUUACUAUAAGAAGUUGGAAUGCAAAGAAAUACAGGACUUGAAAUCCUUGGUGAUUCAGAAUGUGGUUUGUGAUUCUCUGAGUCCUGAAGACAGCAUUCCUCUUGUUUCCUCAAAUACUUCUGAUUGUAAAAGUAAUGCAAAUUUUUACAGCCCUCCGUGUUUAACAAGUGCUUUAGGAAAACUAGCUCUUGAUAACAAAGUCAGUCAUACUGUAAGUAGAAAGAAUGAACUUCUUGAAAAUUUUUCUUCACUUGUGCAAAGUAGAAAACAGCAAAGCCCCUCUUCAGACAUGGCUGCUUUGCCAGUGUUAAGGUCUGGAAGUACAUCGUUGGCUGACUUACUUCAGGAGCACCAGGAAAGUAGUGCUAGCCACUGUUAUUCUCUGGCUGAUCUUUAUACCCAGUCAACAGCAAGUCUCACUAAUAAGAAAUUGGGAACCUCACCAUUAUCACAACUAGUAAGUCAACCCCAAACUUCCUGUGGGAUGCCAGAACUAACAGGAUCUUUGUCCUCUCUAGCCCUGUCUAAAGCUCCUCCACUAAAGGAAGUUGAGAAUUUAUCACUCUCGGAUCUAAUAGCAGAGACUAUUGAAGUAGAUAAAACUCAACAAACGACAGACUUCCCCAUGCUCAAUGUAGCUGAAUUGAGGCCCCCUAAAAGAACCAACAUUGAUUUAAGUGUCCUUGUAAAAAAUGCAGAUGUAUCUGCAGAACAAAAUGUGGUAGGACAGUCAAAUAUCUUAAGUGCUGAAACUAAACUUUUAAAAGAAAAACAAGGAAAAUGUUCUAGUUCUGCCAAAACAAAUAAAAAACUCAAAAAAGGACUUACUCCUAAGAGGCAGGAUUUGUCCCUUUCAUGGAUGAAGGCGCUGCGUGCAAGACCUUCAGCUUUUGCUUUAACUUUAUGUCUCCGUUAUCCUCCAAAAGGUUAUAAGCGGCGCACAGUUGGUAUGCAUAAAGCUUUCCUAUACAGUAGACAAGUACAAGAUGUAAAACCCAAGGAAACUGGUCCGCUAAUAGCCAUAACACCAUUUGACUUCAAAUCAGCAUCUCCUGAUGAUAUUGUGAAAGCUAACCAAAAAAGAGCUUUUACAAGAGAGUAGUGCAAAAAAAAAACAACCCAGAAAAACAAACCUCCAACAACAAUAAAACCUCGCAAAACUCAACCCAGUGUUUAUAUUUUGGUCUACUAAAAAACACCCCAAACUAAUUAUACAGGUCCUAUUUAUAAUCCAGAAUUGAUUUUUUUUUAAAUUAUUUUUUUAAUUGACAUAUUACAGCUCUCACUGUUUGGUGACAAAUUUGUAUAUGAACUUUCAAGCUGUUGCACUGAAUAUCUUUAUUUUUGCCUCAUUUUCACUGAUUUAACAUUUUUAACUUUUGCAAAGUCUUGAAUUUUAGUAUAUAGAUACUGCAUGUACAGAAUUCUAUAAACAGCAUUAGACUUCUUGAAACAUCUCUCUAGGUGUUGAAGAUACCAUUGGGAAGAACACUGUUUAUUUUGUAAAGUAAUUUAGUUUUGCUAUGUGGUGCAUAGCUUGGGGAGUGGGAACCUCAGUUUAUAUUACGACUGUUUUAUUAAAUGUUUUUGAAGUUAGAUUUUCUGAUAAGAUAUGUUAUUAAGGUGCCAGUCUUGUAAUUGGUACUUCCAGUCAAUGUUACUAUUCUCUUCUAUCUUUAUACCUAUUACAAUAUGACAACAGAAAUACCUUUAGUUUUUGAAAGCCUCACUAACCUCUGGUUUUGACAGUUUUAAUUGACAUGUAUAUUUUUGAUAGGACCAAAUUUGUAGGGGAGCAAGCAAUUAAAGUUGUGUGGCCUCCCGCUCACUCUUUAAUUAGCUGUCAUAAUGUGAUAUUCAGAAUUUUAAAACAGCUAUUUUGUAGGUAUAUACAUGUUGCACGUAUUUCAUGAGAAGUUCCAUUAGGAUUUUGUGGUUUAUUUUUAAGUCUUUCAGAAAAGUAUUGGAAUAACAAUUCUUAACUUCAGCAUGAGAGUCUUUGCUCAAUGGAAAAAAUUUCAGGCAAAGCUUAAGUGCUGUUUCUGUCUGCGUCUCGUCUGUUUUGAAGAAAGCUUCCUUUAGUAAUGGAAAUAUAUUCUCUUCUACUGUUUGCACCAAUUGCUGUUACUUUUGAAUCUUUAUAUGGAAGAUCAGAAUCAGGACAUUCUGGACUUAUUUUUUUAGCCAAUAAUUACCAGAUUCUGGUGCCCCUGUUAGUCAAAUUAGUAACUGCUUGUAUGUUUCAACUUUCCCUCUGGUACACAUUGCUACUUUUAGUAUAUUUCCAGUGUCAGUGUUUUAGAUCCUGAAGAGCAAUAAGUGCAAUAAAGGUAUUGUUGCAACUAGAAAAAUACAUUUGUUCAUAUAGUGCCAUACACUUAUUCAUGCUAAACUUGGCAGCUAGUAUGGAACAGUAGAUAUAAUUUUCAGCUAGUUUAAAUUUAAUUUCUGUUGAGCAUGUUGCAUCAAAAAGACGACAAAAAUUUAAGGUUUAUUCCUGACUUCAGGUUGCACUACAAUUUUGUUUCAAAAUAAAAAUAAAACAUGUUCCAGUGCUCUCAGGUACAAAUUUUAUGUUCUGUAUAUUUUGCUUGUUUGUCUAGUUGAUGCUGUUGUUAUUUAGGUGAUGAACAGUGUGACCUCUGAUCUCUUGAAUGAAAUUAAUGUUUCUUACCCUUACUAUAAUAAAAGUUUUAUAUAAUGACA